AUGACGGUCAAGAACUCUACACCCCGCCCUCGAUGGCAUCCUUCGCCGACAUACCACCUCAAAGCACCUCGAGGUUGGAUCAAUGAUCCGUGCGCACCCGGAUAUGACGCCUCAACAGGCACAUACCACUUAUCUUAUCAAUGGAACCCCAAAUCCUGCGAUUGGGGUGACAUCACUUGGGGUCAUUACACAAGCGGAGAUGGUCUCACAUGGAAGCAAAACACACAAAAUCCAGUCCUAGAACCCUCUGAACCUUACGAUGAUAAGGGCAUCUUCACUGGCUGUCUUCACCCUACAGGUCUCCAGGGCGAGGAGGGCCAACUCACAGUUAUCUACUCCUCCAUUACAAAUCUUCCCAUCCACUGGACUUUACCGUAUACCCGAAACUGCGCUGGACUGUCAGUUGCAACAUCAACAGAUGGCGGUAAGACUUGGCAGAAGAGUGAACAGAACCCGAUCCUGGAGGGCGAACCUGAAGGUCUCACCGUUACAGGGUUCAGAGACCCUUACCUUGCAGAAUGGCCUGCUUUGGAUGAGAUGCGAGGCGAAGCGAGUUUGUAUGGCUUCGUAUCAGGAGGUGUUGUCGACGGCGGACCUACGGUGUUUCUCUACGCUAUCUCACCGACCGACUUGACUCAGUGGACAUACCUCGGCCCUUUGAUCGAUUUACCCACAGGAUUCAGCCCCUCUGGACGAUGGGGCGGCGAUUUCGGUGUUAAUUGGGAGUGCGUCAACUUCAUGACUCUUCACAAUGAGUCCGAGGAGCGGCCUUUCUUACUUAUGGGAACAGAAGGUGGAGUUAAGCCUGGUGCCAAGGAGGGUAGCGAUCAGUGGUCACUGUGGAUGGCUGGGUCUCUUGAGCAGACGGAACAAGGCCCCAGGAUGAAACCUGAAUACAGUGGAAUUCUUGACCACGGAUGUUUAUAUGCGCCCAACUCCUAUGAGCAUCCUAUUACGAAGAACAGGAUUGUCUGGGGAUGGUUGAAGGAGGACGAGCUUACCCUGGCCCGACGCGAAUCCAAAGGCUGGACCGGGUACUUUUCCAUUCCUCGGGAGCUAUUCUUAUACACGGUCGAAAACGUUACAAGGACCCUAGCAUCAUCAUUGGCGGAGGUUGGCUGCAUCAAGGCUACCGAAAAUGGAAGAGGAUCGAAGACGGUCCAGACAUUGGGAAUUCGACCUCUUCCAGAUCUGCAAGGACUUCGAAGGGGCAAGCCUGGUCACUGGAACAACAUCGACAGCAACACCAGUCUCGGGAAGCUUGUUGACACGCAUACGGGAAGCUGGGAGCUAGAAGCCACAGUCAAGGUAUCAUCAAACGAUCAAGGGCUUGGAUUCUGGAUUCGACACAACGAAGACUUUUCUCAAGGAACAGCCAUUCACUUCUCUCCUCAAAGCGAGAAGAUCACCGUCGAUAGAAGCAAAUCCAACCACGAAGCUGAUAUCGAAAAGGACGCAAUUUCUGGACCUUUUACUCUCUUCUACUCAGACAGGAACGGCUCAGAGGAGUUGGAAAAACUUCACUUGAGAAUUUUCUGCGACGGCGAUGUUCUCGAGGUCUUUGCCAAUGAUCGAUUCGCUUUAUCGACUAUGGUUUAUGCGGAUACUAGAGACUGCACAGGUUUGAGCUGGUUUAUUGAAGGACAAGGAGCAAGCGAGACUGCUUUUGAAUCGGUGAAGCUAUGGGAGAACAUGAAGGAAGUUGUUGAGGUUGAUGAGCCUGUUGUUUACGAACGAAGUCAGUUGUGA